AGCAGUGUCAAUCAAACAAACAAACAGUCCAGCCAGUCAGUUCAUGUCGUCAAAAUGGCGACCACGAACGAUUCGAAGGCGCCUUUGCGCCAAGUAAAAAGAGUACAAUUUGGAAUAUUAUCACCAGAUGAAAUCCGUCGAAUGUCAGUCACUGAAGGGGGAAUUCGCUUUCCCGAAACUAUGGAAGGUGGAAGACCUAAACUUGGUGGUCUUAUGGAUCCUAGACAAGGGGUGAUUGAUAGAAGUUCCAGAUGCCAAACUUGUGCUGGCAACAUGACUGAGUGUCCAGGACAUUUUGGUCAUAUUGAUUUGGCUAAACCCGUUUUUCAUAUUGGAUUUAUAACAAAAACUAUAAAAAUAUUGAGAUGUGUAUGCUUUUACUGUUCAAAAUUACUUGUCAGCCCGACUAAUCCAAAAAUAAAGGAAGUUGUUAUGAAAUCUAAAGGACAGCCUCGUAAGAGACUUACAUAUGUGUAUGAUUUAUGUAAAGGCAAAAAUAUCUGUGAAGGUGGUGAAGAUAUGGAUAUAGGCAAGGAGGGUGAGGAAGGAAAACGAGGUUCAGGACAUGGUGGUUGCGGUCACUACCAACCGUCAAUCAGACGCCAGGGUUUGGAUCUCACUGCAGAGUGGAAGCAUGCUAAUGAAGAUACACAGGAAAAGAAAACCACCAUCACUGCAGAGAGAGUUUGGGAAAUUCUAAAACAUAUCACAGAUGAGGAGUCGUUUAUAUUGGGUAUGGAUCCCAAAUUUGCCAGACCUGAUUGGAUGAUAGUCACUGUAUUACCUGUCCCACCACUGUCCGUCAGACCAGCUGUAGUCAUGUUCGGGGCAGCCAAGAAUCAGGAUGAUUUGACUCAUAAACUAGCUGAUAUUAUAAAAGCCAACAAUGAGCUGCAGAGAAAUGAACAGACAGGAGCUCCCGCUCAUGUCCUCGGUGUCAACAUUAGGAUGUUACAAUUUCAUGUUGCCACAUUUGUAGACAAUGAUAUGCCUGGGAUGCCAAAAGCUAUGCAGAAAUCUGGCAAGCCAUUAAAAGCAAUCAAGGCACGUCUCAAAGGAAAGGAAGGAAGAAUUAGAGGAAACCUUAUGGGGAAACGUGUUGAUUUCUCAGCGCGUACUGUUAUCACACCUGAUCCCAAUUUACGUAUUGAUCAAGUUGGGGUGCCAAGAUCAAUUGCACAAAAUCUGACUUUUCCUGAAUUGGUGACCCCAUUCAACAUUGACAGAAUGCAAGAACUUGUUAGAAGAGGGAAUGCUCAGUAUCCUGGUGCGAAAUACAUUGUCCGUGAUAAUGGAGAAAGAAUUGAUUUGAGGUUCCAUCCUAAACCAUCUGACUUGCAUUUACAAUAUGGAUAUAAAGUGGAGCGUCAUCUGAGGGAUGAUGAUCUGGUGAUUUUCAACCGGCAGCCGACUCUGCACAAAAUGAGUAUGAUGGGUCACAGGGUAAAAGUGCUGCCAUGGUCAACAUUCCGAAUGAACCUCAGUUGCACCUCGCCAUAUAACGCCGACUUUGAUGGAGAUGAAAUGAAUUUACAUGUCCCACAAUCAAUGGAAACAAGAGCAGAAGUAGAAAAUAUUCACAUAACCCCAAGGCAGAUUAUUACUCCACAAGCCAACAAACCUGUUAUGGGUAUUGUACAGGACACACUGACAGCUGUGCGUAAAAUGACUAAAAGAGAUGUUUUUCUUACAAAAGAACAGGUUAUGAAUCUCUUGAUGUUCCUUCCUACAUGGGAUGGUAAAAUUCCUCAGCCUUGCAUUUUAAAGCCUCAGCCAUUAUGGACAGGCAAACAAAUAUUUACUUUAAUAAUUCCUGGAAAUGUAAACAUGAUACGGACACAUUCCACCCAUCCUGAUGAAGAAGAUGAUGGCCCUUAUAAAUGGAUAUCCCCUGGUGAUACUAAAGUAGUUGUAGAACAUGGAGAACUUCUUAUGGGCAUCUUGUGUAAAAAAUCUCUUGGUGCCUCAGCUGGUUCUCUGUUGCAUAUUUGCAUGUUGGAAUUGGGGCACGAGGUUGCUGGACGAUUCUAUGGUAACAUUCAAACUGUAAUCAACAACUGGUUAUUAUUAGAAGGUCACUCAAUUGGUAUUGGAGACACUAUUGCUGAUCCUCAAACAUAUCAAGAAAUUCAGCGUGCUAUUGUUAAAGCCAAAGAUGAUGUCAUAGAAGUUAUUCAAAAGGCUCAUAAUAUGGAAUUGGAGCCUACUCCUGGUAAUACUCUCAGGCAAACUUUCGAGAAUCAAGUGAAUCGUAUUCUGAACGACGCUCGUGAUAAAACUGGUGGGUCUGCUAAGAAAUCUUUGACAGAAUACAACAACCUCAAAGCUAUGGUGGUAGCUGGUUCCAAAGGUUCCAAUAUUAAUAUUUCUCAGGUUAUUGCCUGUGUAGGUCAACAGAAUGUUGAAGGAAAGCGAAUUCCAUUUGGAUUCCGUAAAAGGACAUUACCACAUUUCAUUAAAGAUGAUUAUGGUCCAGAAUCUAGAGGUUUUGUAGAAAAUUCAUAUCUUGCCGGAUUGACGCCUUCAGAGUUCUAUUUCCACGCCAUGGGAGGUCGUGAGGGUCUUAUCGAUACUGCUGUCAAGACUGCCGAAACUGGAUACAUUCAGCGUCGUUUGAUAAAGGCUAUGGAGUCUGUUAUGGUUCACUAUGAUGGUACAGUUCGUAACUCUGUUGGUCAACUCAUUCAGUUGCGUUAUGGUGAAGACGGAUUGGCUGGAGAAACUGUAGAGUUCCAAAAUCUACCCACAGUAAAACUGUCCAACAAAGCCUUUGAAAAGAAAUUCAAAUUUGAUCCUUCCAAUGAAAGAUAUUUGAAGAGAAUUUUCAAUGAAGAUAUUAUCAAAGAACUGACAGAAUCUGGUUAUGUGAUAGCAGACUUAGAAAGUGAAUGGGAGCAGCUCUGUAAAGAUCGAGAGAUUUUACGUCAAAUCUUCCCAAGUGGGGAAUCCAAAGUUGUGUUGCCUUGCAACUUCAAGAGAAUGAUUUGGAAUGUACAGAAGAUUUUCCAUAUCAAUAAGAGAAUGCCGACAGAUUUAAGUCCUAUAAAGGUUAUACAAGGUGUCAAGGAUCUAUUGAAAAAGUGCGUCAUUGUAGCUGGAGAAGAUCGUCUGUCUAAACAAGCUAAUGAGAAUGCAACUUUGCUGUUCCAAUGUUUGGUCAGAUCAACACUGUGCACUAAGUUUGUAUCGGAAGAGUAUAGACUAUCAAGUGAAGCCUUUGAAUGGUUGAUAGGAGAAAUUGAGACUCGAUUCCAACAGGCGCAGGUGAAUCCUGGUGAGAUGGUGGGUGCGCUUGCUGCCCAGUCUCUCGGAGAACCUGCCACUCAGAUGACACUGAACACUUUCCAUUUUGCUGGUGUGUCAUCCAAAAACGUAACACUUGGUGUGCCCCGACUUAAGGAAAUCAUUAACAUCUCUAAGAAACCCAAAGCUCCCUCUCUUACAGUUUUCCUUACGGGAGGAGCAGCUCGGGAUGCCGAAAAAGCAAAGAAUGUACUCUGCCGCCUUGAACACACAACAUUGCGUAAAGUCACCGCUAAUACGGCUAUUUAUUAUGACCCUGAACCACAAAAUACAGUCAUUGCUGAAGAUCAAGAAUUCGUCAAUGUUUACUAUGAAAUGCCUGACUUUGAUCCCACAAAGAUAUCACCGUGGCUGUUGCGUAUUGAGCUGGAUCGUAAGAGGAUGACUGAUAAAAAGUUGACCAUGGAACAGAUUGCCGAAAAAAUUAAUGCUGGAUUCGGUGACGAUCUGAAUUGUAUAUUCAAUGACGACAACGCUGAAAAACUGGUGUUGCGUAUAAGAAUUAUGAAUAAUGAAGAAAAUAAAUUCCAGGAUAAUGACGAAGAGACAGUUGACAAGAUGGAAGACGACAUGUUCCUCAGAUGUAUUGAAGCAAAUAUGUUGUCGGACAUGACCUUACAGGGUAUAGAAGCUAUAGCAAAAGUAUACAUGCAUCUGCCCCAGACAGAAGCUAAAAAACGUAUUAUUAUCACAGAGCAAGGAGAGUUUAAAGCUAUAGCUGAGUGGUUGUUGGAAACUGAUGGUACUUCAUUAAUGAAGGUACUGUCUGAGCGCGACGUGGACCCAAUCAGAACGUUCAGUAACGACAUUUGCGAGAUAUUCCAAGUUUUGGGUAUAGAGGCUGUGCGUAAAUCGGUGGAGAAAGAAAUGAAUGCCGUGUUGCAGUUCUACGGUCUAUACGUAAACUACCGUCACCUCGCGUUGCUGUGUGACGUCAUGACAGCUAAAGGUCAUCUUAUGGCCAUCACGCGUCACGGCAUCAACAGACAAGACACUGGCGCUCUCAUGAGGUGUUCCUUCGAGGAAACUGUCGACGUGUUGUUGGAUGCGGCGAGUCACGCUGAAGUCGAUCCUAUGAGAGGAGUGUCGGAAAAUAUUAUUAUGGGUCAACUACCGAGGAUGGGAACUGGAUGUUUUGAUCUACUCCUCGACGCUGAGAAAUGUAAACACGGAAUGGAGAUGGGUGGUCUAGGAGUGGGCAUGGGUGUUGGCGGCGGCAUGUAUUUCGGCGUGGGCACGCCGUCCAUGACGCCUCUGAUGACCCCGUGGUCGACUCAGAACACACCUGGAUACGGAAGCAGUGCCUGGUCUCCUGGUCAAGUGGGCAGCAGCAUGACUCCUGGAGGCCCUUCAUUCUCGCCGUCCGGGGCGUCGGAUGCGUCGGGACUGUCCCCGGCGUACAGCAGCGCCUGGUCGCCGCAGCCCGGCUCUCCGGGCUCCCCCGGGCCCCCGCUGUCCCCGUACGCCUCCCCAGCUGGGGCUUCCCCGUCCUACUCCCCUACAAGCCCCGUGUACGCCCCGGCGUCCCCAAGUCUCACCCCAUCAUCCUCGCACUACCCCCCAGCGAGCCCAUCUUACUCCCCGACUUCACCAAACUAUUCCCCCACAUCCCCUAUAUAUUCCCCGACUUCCCCAAGCUACUCGCCAACUUCACCUGGCUAUUCUCCAACGUCGCCGUCAUACUCUCCCACGUCUCCCAGCUAUUCGCCGACGUCGCCGAGCUAUUCACCGACCAGUCCGGCCUAUUCGCCGACAUCUCCAAGUUACUCCCCCACUUCACCCAGUUACUCGCCGACUAGCCCGUCUUACUCGCCUACGAGUCCCUCGUACUCGCCGACAAGCCCAGCGUAUUCGCCGACAUCACCAGGAUACUCUCCUUCGUCCCCCAGCUAUUCUCCCACUAGCCCUGUAUACAGUCCCGCAUCACUGAGCUAUUCUCCAUCUUCACCGAAUUAUACGCCGGCCUCUCCCGCAUAUUCCCCUACAAGUCCAUCUUAUUCGCCGACUUCGCCGGCCUACUCUCCAACGUCACCGAGUUACUCUCCUUCAUCGCCGAAAUACACUCCGACUUCACCAAAUUAUUCGCCGACAUCGCCGUCUCUGGCUGGCGGCAGUCCUACAUACUCACCUACAAGUCCCCAGUACUCGCCGACAAGUCGUCAGUAUUCUCCUACAAGCCCGGCGUACUCGCCGUCGUCACCGCAGCACCAGCGCAGUUACGCAUCGUCUUCUCCAAAUUAUUCACCAUCUUCUCCAAACUAUUCGCCAUCGUCGCCGGGCUACUCACCGUCUUCCACCAAGUAUUCGCCGACGUCACUCACGUACACUCCGACCUCUCCUAAUUACUCCCCUUCAUCUCCCGCGUACUCCCCCUCAUCCGGUGGCGCCCCCACCACAUAUUCUCCCAAUUCACCUACAUAUUCCCCUACAUCCCCUGUGUAUGACGAUGGCGACGAUUAAAGUGUCAUAAACAUAAAAUCGAUAUAUGCAUAGAAUAUUUUGCAUUGGAUUAUGAUUUUAUCUUUUGUUACAUUAAUAGUAAAGUAAAAGGCAAUGAGUCCGAAAUUAUUUGAUGAUAAUCCUUUAUACACAAGAAUUGUAUGAAUGUAAUUUUAUUCAUUCUUAAUUAUUAUUACUUAGUAGCAAGUACAUACAUAAAACAAGGUGAUCUUGUUGUGUAAUUUUGUAGGGAACUUGAACCAUUCAAUAUCAAGUCGAAAGACUGCAAGUUGUAGGUUAGUUUCACAACCAUUUAUAAAUGUAAUGGCAUUGGCAAAUUUAGCACAAACUUGUGCCUUGUUAUGGCAUCGCAAACUGAUUGGUGUGAAUUAUUAAUCGAAUUAGUAAGGGUGAGGUGCACCAGUCAACUUUGACAUUAACCAGCGCGCCGCCGUAGUUUAAAACAAAAUGGCAUAUUUUUAGUUUUUCCGCGCAAACUAAAGUUGACUGGUGCAAUCCACUCUGACUCUGAUUAAAUAAAAAAUUAAAAUUGGCAUGGCAUACACAAGUUAUGAAAUAAAACGAAAUUAUUUUUCCUAGUUAAGAUAUUUCAUCAUUUAAGUUUAAUCGGUAAUUCACCAUCUUAGUUUUAAGAAUAUGUUUGCAAAUCUCUUCGAGUUUGUAAAAUUAGACUAUAAAAACAAAUUUAAUGUUUAUUAUUGUAAUUUUGAAAUAAAAAUGUUUUCUGGA